UUGUGUAGAGGUAUUGUUGGCUGAAAUGUCUUGAAUGUGGUUUGGGUUUAGGGCCGAUAGCUCAUUGUCGUUAAUGGCGUUUCUGGGUAAAUACGGAUCACAGGUUUCCGUAUUGAAUAUGGAAAAUGGUUUUCCGUAUUCAGUAUGGAACAUGGUUUUCCGUAUUGAAUACGGAAAAACGUUUUCCGUAUUCAUCUCAGAACCAAACCCAACACUUAUAAUUGAUUCUGGGUUCAGAAUCAAUUAUAGAAGGUUUCCAAAGCAUUUGUGAGUAGUUUCUAGAUGCCAUAAUUGAUUAUUAGGAAAAUAAAAGUUGAUCCAAGCAUGCAUAAUCCACAGAAGAUCCGAUUAUCAUCUAUGUACUUAUAAAAUUCUAGGAAUUUUCCAUUUGCUUGCAUCAUGUUUCUGUCUAUGGCUGAAAUGGUAUAUAUAGUGAAUGUUUGCUCUGAAUAUAUAGUGAGAAUGAAGAACAGAAAGAGGUCUCAUGCUUCUAGUGAGGAUGUCGGGGCUACUGAGGAUAGACACCGGCGGUUACAUGCUUCUAGCCGGCGCGGCGAUCAUGCUGCAACCUCUCAGGCGGUGGAGGCUUCAGCUCCAGUUGUUUCUCCGCCGUCUCCCAUGAUUGAGGUUCCUCUGGUUGAUUAUCCGCCGUCUCCCACGGUUGAGAUACCUACAGUUGUUUCUCCGCCCUCUCCCAUGGUUGAGUCAUCAGGCGAGGAGUCCUCAGGCGAGGAGUCCUCAGGCGAGGAGUCCUCAGGCGAGGAGUCUUCCGGCGAGGAGUCAUCAGGCGAGGCCUCAUCCGGCAUGGGAGGAUCUGACGAGGAUAGUAUUCCUCCGCCUACUGUUGAUGCUGAUGUCCUGCCGCCAGAGCAGGGGGAGCAGGGGGCACAGGGUGGCGAGGAGGACCUGAUCCAGAGGUUGCCGCCGUUUCCGGGGGGGCCUGUUGAGCUAUCGCUCCUCACCCAUUAUGCUGAUCACAAGGCUCCCUGGGCGUGGCAUGCACUCCUACGCACAGACGAGCGGUAUGUGGACCGUCGACAGUUGAAGGUGGCCACAGCUGGGGGGAAGGUUUGGAACCUUGCUUGUGAUGGUGAUUCAGACAGUCACAGGCGGGUUCGAGAGUUGAUUGAGCAGACGGGUCUUCAUCAGCUACCAUAUUGCAGCUACCCGGUGACAGAUGCAGGCCUUAUUUUGGCCCUUGUGGAGCGAUGGCAUGAGGAGACUAGUAGCUUCCACAUGCCGUUCGGGGAGAUGACUAUCACCUUGGACGACGUGUCGGCUCUUCUCCAUCUCCCCAUGGGGUCGAGGUUCUAUACGCCUGGGAGGGGGGAGAGGGACGAGUGUGCAGCGCUCUGUGCUCAGUUGAUGGGAGGAUCUGUUGGUAUUUAUGAGGCUGAGUUUGAUACGAAUAGGUCCCAGACUAUUCGCUUUGGGGUCUUGCAGACCCGGUAUGAGGCUGCGUUGGCGGAGCACCGAUAUGAGGACGCUGCACGGAUUUGGCUGGUGAACCAGCUAGGCGCCACGCUCUUUGCUAGCAAGAGCGGAGGCUACCAUACGACCGUCUACUGGAUAGGGAUGUUGGAGGAUCUUGGUCGAGUGUGCGAGUACGCGUGGGGCGCGAUUGCGCUCGCUACGCUAUACGACCAGCUUAGUCGAGCGUCCAGGAGGGGGACGGCCCAGAUGGGAGGUUUUACCUCGCUCCUGCUAGGAUGGGUCUACGAGUACCUUUCUGACCGCGUCAUUAUCCGUAGGGUGGUAUUUUCUCAUUCGCCUUAA